AUGUCAUCCAAGGCCUCAAAAUCAUCAGAACCAAGCUCCAAGAAGCAGCACUCCUCAAAAUCAAAGUCAAAGUCAAAGAACGACGACUGGGCAGAAAUCACAGACCCCGAGGAGCGCAGGCGCAUUCAAAAUCGACUGGCUCAACGCAAAUUCAGGAAGAAGAACCAAGAUAGCAAGGAAAAGGCAGACCGCGACGCAGACAACGAGUCCAACGCCAAGAACACGUACGAAAUCGCUUCAGGCUCCUCCGAGCCCUGCGGCGGCGGCGGCGCGGAAGAGGGAACCGAGUCUGGGCUUCCCUGGGGCAGCAUCAACAUGAACCACGUCAUCACACGGGGCCACGAGCACGAGAGCCGCCGGGGCAGCGGCCGCGACGACUACGUGAGGGAGGACCCGUAUUACAUGACCAACUACGGCAAUAGCUAUACGGAGGCGUACCAGCCGGCGGCGCCUGCGAGUUACGGGAGUAGUGGCGGGGAGGAUUAUUACUAUGGUGGUGAUUCGCCGUACUAUCUGGAUUACGACCAGGGCGGGGACGUAAACCAGGGGCAUCGUAGACGGUAA